AUGGGGAGCCAUAGACCGAGACUAAUCAUUCUGGUGAGACAUGGUGAGAGUGUUUCCAACAAGGAUAAAACUGUGAAUCAACACAUGCCGAAUCAUUUGAUACCGCUAACCGAAAAUGGAUGGCGGGAGGCACAUCACGCUGGAGCGCACCUGCUGAGCCUAUUGAACGUCGACAAUAACGAAGUUGUCAAGACCUUAUGUGACAAGUAUGAUCACACGUCAGAAGACGUUAAACACCUCAAACAGAACUACAAGAGACUUGACACUGACAUCGAUACUAAGAUUGCCUUUUACACUUCACCUUACAGGCGUACUCGUGAAACGUUGCGUGCUUUGCUGGAUGUGAUCGACGAGUACAACGAGAUAAACUGCGGGCUUUCUUAUCGACUCGCAGAGCCAUACCAGCCCACUGGGAACAAACGCUCGGCCCAUUGGUCGCUCAAAGAUUUCCCACACGGAUUUUACAAGAACGAAGAGUUUCAGCAGAAAACGGAACGCCAGAUCAAGAGCUCCCAGCAAUACAUUCAUUACUGCGUGAAAGACGAGCCCCGGAUCCGAGAACAAGAUUUUGGCAAUUUCCAAGAGGUGUCUGCGAUGCGAGAAGUGAUGAACAAAAGAUCUCACUACGGUCAUUUCUUCUUCCGGUUCCCGCAAGGCGAGAGUGCCGCAGACGUCUACGACAGAUGCGCUACUUUCCAAGAGACGCUUUUUCGUCACACCAAGCCUCAGUCCAAAGGAUGCGAUGUGGUGGUGCUCGUUACGCACGGCAUCUACUUGCGUGUAUUCCUGAUGAAAUGGUUCCGAUUUACCUACGAGGAGUUCGAAUCCUUCACGAACGUGCCCAACGGCUCGCUCGUGGUAAUGGAACUCGAUCCAGAGGUUGACCGCUACGUGUUGCGCACCACUCUUCCCAAGUGGUGUUAG